CUCUCCUGCUUAUUAAUUUGGUUGUCUGUCUGUGUUUCGAGAUUAGACUUGAGAAGAAUCACCGCCGGCUUCCUGGGCAUGGCCGUGGCCGUCCUGCUGUGUGGCUGCAUCGUGGCCACGGUCAGCUUCUUCUGGGAGGAGAGCCUGACCCAGCACGUGGCGGGGCUCCUCUUCCUCAUGACAGGAAUAUUUUGCACCAUCUCCCUCUGCACGUACGCCGCCAGCAUCUCCUACGACCUGCACCGCCUCCCGAGGCUCCUCUACAGCCUGCCGGACGACGUGGAGCACGGCUACAGCUGGUCCAUCUUCUGCGCCUGGUGCAGCUUAGGCUUCAUUGUGGCGGCCGGAGGUCUCUGCAUCGCUUACCCAUUUAUUAGCCGGACCAAGAUCGCACAGCUAAAGUCUGGCAGGGACUCCACGGUAUGAGUGUCGCCCUCCAGCUCACUGCUCGGUGGCCCGUCCGCCCCCAGUGCCACGAGUCCUGGGGGGACGCAGCGGAGUUCGCAGCAGGAUCCCAAGCACAAAGCGGUCUUUCACAUUCCAGCCUGUUGCCUGCCAGCCCUUUCCGAUGACUGAUGUAAAUCAUGCGAAACCUCCAUACCUUUCUAAGGACAAGACUACUGUGGAUUCAAGUGCUUUAAUGACUAUUUAUGCUUUGACUGUGAGAACUAGGGAGCAGUGCCAUGGAACAUUUCUAGGUUUUAGAAAACGAGGAGAUUGCAGUGGAAAACUUUGUAUGAUUGCCAUUUAUUUCAGAAGUUUGUAUAUAACAAUUACCUGAGUCAUUUCUAUUUGCAAAAGGAUUCAUAACAAAGCAGGUAUGAUUUUCUUGCCAUUGAACCAUGCUUGUCCAGUUUUAAUACAGCAUCUUCAGAACUUGUCCUGAUGGCGUCUUGUGUCAGCACCAGAUGUGUGUGUCUGUGGAUGUUCCUUGUCACAGGAAGGUUCUUCUUCUGUUGCCUUAUUUAUUUUUUAAUUGAAGUCUCUCCUCCGUCUUUGUACUGGAAUCAAAACCAGAAGGAAAACAGAUUCACGGUGUAAGAGCUAAUCCACGACACUAUGCAGUAUUGUUUGAGGUCCCAUCUGUUGUCCCCUCUGUCCCUUUACGUUAACUGGAUUUCUGCAUUAAAUGACUGCCCCCUUGUUA